AUGAAGCUCGCACGCUCGCAAUUCACUGUGACCCCGCGUCGGGCCGGCCUCGUGCUAGCGACCGGCGGUGGCGCUGCCAUGCUCGGCUCCCGCUUCAGCCUGCCCUCCGUGCACGCCCACGAGAAGGACGUGGCCGUGGACGAGGAGCAGCCGGAGGCCGUCGCCGCCGAGGUCGAGGCCGAGGAGUCGCCGGUGGUGUCGCAGCAGCAGUGGGAGGAGGUGUGGGAGGAGGAGAAGGGCACGUUCCUGCGCCCCUACAUCACCUCCGUCCGCAUCGCCGCCCAGGAGACCCUCGCCGACGCCUGCGGCCAGUGGAAGUCGUUCAAGGAGAAGACCGACUUGGACCACAAGUGGGGCACCACCAAGCACUUCGCCACCCGAUACUACUGGCUGCUUACUGGUCAGAAGCUGGGCCCUGAGAUCGCCUUCGCUGCGACGACUGGCGUGCUGACGCUCGUCGCCACCAGGAAAGUGCUGAGGCUGCCCUUCCGUCUGGCCUUGCUCAGCGGUGGUGUCGCCACUGCCGCCCUCCUGCCGCCCUACGAAAAGGCACACGGUGCCUACGAGACCUUCGAGUGGGCCAAGGUGGCCGACAAGUUCGAUCCCGUGGCCAUCAAGGACGCCGCCAUCGACGAGCUCAAGGCCUCUCUCCCCUUCGGCCUCGGCAAGUCGACGAAGAAGAAUGUGGAGAAGGAGCUGCUUGAGGAGAAGAAGGAGCAGCACGUGGAUGAUGUGGCUGAGGAGGCGCCCAAGAAGGAGGAAAUUCACGCGGUGGUGCACCACCAGCCCGCCGCCGACGCAGUUGCCGACAAGAAGGCCUGCUGCCACGACAACAACGGCGACAAGCAGGAGCACAAGAGUGAGAACCACCACCACCACAAGAGCGAGCGCCACCACCACGACGAGGAGAAGGAGGUGCUGGAUGUUGAGCCCCUCUCAGACAAGGAGGCCGAAGAUGUGCUGUAG